GUCAAUUGCUGUUUGAUUGCCCUCCGACAGUCAAAUCUGAUCUUAAUGCAAACAAUAAUAAACCUGUGACUGUUGAGCUGAUAGGUCACCUAUGUGAAACCCAAGAUUUGACCAAAUCCAAGAGUACUAAACGUAAAGCGUAUGAAUGCGAGAUUUCAACUAUCGUCGAAAAGGGCUCAUUAGGUCACAUGUGA